AUGAAUUCUCCUAAUUCGGGCAGCGUUAGAUUAAAGUGGAAAAGGUUCGUGUCCAUUCAUCGGAAGGAUUUCAACACAGUGGGAAAAUUUGCUGUGUGCUCGGAGCAUUUUACAAGGGAUUGUUUUACGCUUGCUUUUCCGAUGAAAGGUAUGAAAAGGAAUUUGAAGAAGGGGACGUUUCCAACCAUUUGGAAAAAAUCCUUCCAAACACUAUCAAAGCGGAGUCGACGAUCGGUGAGUGAAAUUACAAUGUAUUUGCGCUGUGCUUAUCACCAUUAUAUUUAUUUCCCCAUUUACCUGUGACAUGAUUUUUUCUGGCAUCGUUGUUCAAUAUUCGUGUAAUGAAUGCUCUGACUAUUUGGACUUCCCAUAUUGUUGCAUGUGUUUUCAUACUUUUCUGCUUUCUUCUCACAGUUAUAGUAAAACGGGCAUUUGCGCUGAGUGGACGUGAAGUCAAUUCUCCAAUUCCCAGACCUUUCCACUCAAGCGUAAAAUUUAGAAAAAGUGAAGCUACAUAGAAAUCCGGCUCUCUAUUUUUUGAGAGAUUAUCUUGCUGUUACUUUGAGAUUUGACAGUACUCCAAACUUCCCUCCAAGAAAUAUUACAGCAUAUUAGGAGUUACACGCGAGUCUUUUAAAACGACCAAAAAUGGACUUAGUCUGAUUUCUACAUUCCUAUAAGUUCAGUUACUGUUUGCGGGUUUUUUCGUUUGUAUUUUAAUUCUAUUUUCACUGUCUGCAAAUGAUGCAUACAUUUUAAGGCAAAGAUGCGGUUAAACCUUGCUUCCAUUUCUACUUUUGAAAACAUCGACAUAAAGCUCAAAUUUAAACUUGUUUUGAAGGGGAGAUAUAAAAAAUGGUCGUACCUAUUUUCAUUUUUAGCUACUAAAUGAAAUUCUGGCUGGUCAAACUACUAAUGAGGAUACAGAGGAAGAAGACAAUCCUGAAGAAGAGGUGAUCUCCUUGAAAGGAAGUUCUGCACCUGAGGAGAGUGCUGACACUAUGGGGGCUCCCAAUCUCAACCCUGAGGAGUCUCCAGAAGUCGAGGGUGUUCUGAACACAAGUCAGGGUUCUUUGCUUGAGGUAAAUCCUGAAAAGGAGGGCUGCAUCCCUGAGACUGAGACGGGUGAGAUAAGUGUUGAUGCUGAGAUGGCUUCAGAGGUCCUAGGUACUCCUGGUGAUAAGACAACUCUCGAGAGCCAAGGGAUUUCCGGCACUGAUGAGGUUACUGAGACCAUGCAGAUCCUGGAGGCACAGGGAAUCGAAAAACUACAGGAUAUGGAUGAAGUUAUGCAGAUUGAUGAAUCAUUAACGAUUCCUGAACUUGAACAGGUUUCUAUGGUAGGCACAUAACUCUAAUUAAUGUUUAUUUGCAUCUUUGUAUUAUCAUAACAACAUAACAUGUGCAGUUAUUUUACAACAAUACUAAAACACAAAAAUUCUGAAGUUUUGUUAUUACAGCCUGUAUUAUUGUUGAAAGCUUGUUUUUUGUAGGAUACUCCAACUGGACAUGCUGGGAACUGCACAACAUGCAAAACCCUGAGGAGUGAGGUGACUCAGUUAAGGGGCAAAGUCACAAGACUGAAGAGUAAGUUAAUCUCCAAUCAAGAUCAGUGGGUUGAAACCUUUAAGAGCAUACAAGAGCCGAAGCAGUUGCUGAUGGUGAAUGCUGGUGAGUAAACAGUAAUUAUUGAUGUUGAUGAGUCAUAUAGGCAUAACUGCCUAUCUUUAUAUUUUUAUUACAUUUUAUCAAUAUUUGAUUAUUUAAUAAUAAUUAAAAUUUUAAUGGUAAUAGAAUUUUUUUAAUUCCAUUUGUUUAAGCUAUUCAAACUGAUCCAUGGCCAGUAACAAAUGAGACAGAGUUAGGGCUAGAGGAUGAAUCAGAAGAUGAGCAGGAAAUGCAGGACGACACGUAUGAGGAGUUUGAGUGUGAUGAAGACCCUAAAUGGAGUCCUGAAGAAAUCGAAGAUGCAUAUAAAAAACCAAAGGAAGAUGAUGACUCGGUGAAGACUCAUCAGAACCCAAGGUACAAAGAUGCAAAAUUUAUUGCAUUUUAACAUCUUAACUCUAAGUAUCCUCUGGGAAGUGAUUUAGGCCUAAAACUAACUUCCAUUAUGAGAGGAUCUAUUUAGAAACAAGAGUACAUGAAAUUUGUUUUUUAAUUUACUCAGAUAAGAAUUGCUAAAAAAAAAAAAAAAAAAGAAGAGGCACAGCCAGCCCAUAGACUGGAAGUCCCAGGCCUAAAAAUGUUUGGUUUGUCCACUCAACCACUUGUAAUAAAUUAUGCAUCGUUGGGUUGGGCUAGAUAGCUUAAGGGCUCAAAGUUGUCAUGUGUGCAAUCAACAGAAUUAUUAUAAAAAAGCAUUUUCAGGAUGUAUGUGAGAAUAAAAUCCCAAUCCACGAUUAGCCAGGUUUACAACAAGUUGAAAAACUGGCAACACCCUGAGAAAAACAAUAAAAAUGAUAAUCAUUUUUUUUAUUGUUAUUUUAUUAUUUCAGAUGCUAUGAUUAAAUGAGUAUUUCCUUUCAAUGAUUUUUUACAGGUUGGAUCUACAAGGAAAAGACAUUCGAGAGGAACCGAAGGGAAUUGUUUUCCUUUCUAAACUUCUUCUUUUGUUUCAGUUCUGCCACUUGUGCUUCUUUUCAAAACCCAAACUUUCUGUAUCACAGACAGGUACCUUGUUUACCGUAGAAAGUUUCUGCAGAAACUGUAGCCAGACAGAAGUCUGGAAGACUCAACCAGACCUGCUAGGAAAGUUUCCAGCAGGUAACCUGCUAUUAAGUUUGCAGUGCUCUGUGAGCCGAGUGAAAAGAAAGAAACGAUAC